GGCGCCCGGUGCCGCCCGCGCAGUCUUCUCUCCUCCCGGACGGCGAUGCCUAGCGGGGCGGCCAUGGAGGCAGCGGCGCGGAGGCGGCAGCUCCCGGGAGCCGCGGGCGGCUCCGGCGCCACGUUUGUGCAGGCCAGGCAUGGCUCUGCGAAGGCUGAGGAGACAGACCACACGGCUCCCUUCCACUUUGACCUCUGGUUCUACUUCACACUGCAGAACUGGGUUCUGGACUUUGGCCGCCCCAUUGCCAUGUUGGUGUUCCCACUCCAGUGGUUUCCCCUCAACAAGCCGAGUGUCGGGGAUUACUUCCACAUGGCCUACAAUGUCAUCACGCCCUUCCUUCUGCUCAAGCUCAUCGAGCGGUCCCCCCGCACACUGCCACGGUCUAUAAUCUACGUCAGUAUUAUCACCUUCAUCAUGGGAGCCAGCAUCCACCUGGUGGGCGACUCUGUCAACCACCGCCUGCUCUUCAGUGGGUACCAGCACCACCUGUCCGUCAGAGAGAACCCCAUCAUCAAGAAUCUCAAGCCAGAGACACUGAUCGACUCCUUUGAGCUGUUGUACUACUAUGAUGAGUACCUGGGCCAUUCCAUGUGGUACAUCCCCUUCUUCCUCAUCCUCUUCAUGUACUUCAGUGGCUGUUUUACCACCUCCAAGACUCAGAGCCACAUGCCAGGGCCUGCCCUGCUCCUGGUGGGGCCCAGUGGCCUGUACUACUGGUACCUGGUCACCGAGGGCCAGAUCUUCAUUCUCUUCAUCUUCACCUUCUUCGCCAUGCUGGCUCUCGUCUUCCACCAGAAGCGCAGGCGCCUCUUCCUAGACAGCAACGGCCUCUUCCUCUUCUAUUCCUUCGCCCUCACCCUCUCCCUGGUGGCGCUGUGGGUUGCCUGGCUGUGGAAUGACCCUGUCCUCCGAAAGAAGUACCCUGGUGUCAUAUAUGUCCCUGAGCCCUGGGCCUUCUACACGCUCCACGUCAGCAGUCAGCACUGAGGCUCCCUGGAAGCAACAGGCCAUGGAUAUUUGUACAUGGGUGCAUAUGUGCAUCACGGUAAUGGGGGCUGUGCACUGUGCCCUGUGCACAGGGAUUGGCAGAGUUCACUGUUGAGAGACUCAACUGUCUUGGUCAGGGUCUUUUGUUUGUUUUUUGCUUUGGAUUUAAGAUGGAAUUUAGUUGGGGGAAGUAUAUGAAGGCCAAAAUCCUGGCCUCUGCUCUCCCUGUAUUCCUAUUAGAGGUGCCUGAGUUACACUCCUAUCUCCCAGGACCAGGAUGGCCUUCUAGGAGUGUCUUUUGGUGGCCAUGCAGGUGAGGACUAGGCAGGGCAGAAGCAGAAGACUCUGCCACCUACCCAGAAGCUGACUAGCCCUGAAGCUGCCUGCCCCUGGACCCUAGGUUUCUACGUCGGUGUCUAGGCCACAACUUCUGUUCUUUGAACAGAGCAUUUCCAUCUCUGGGCCUCACUUGUUGUAGAGGACCCUGUGGGCUGCCAAGUGGCUCCAUGGCCUGGAGGUUAUGACUCCGCUGGUGCAGCCUCAGCACGGAAGAGUGGUUCUGUCUGUUACUAUGUUCUCACCCUCAGCCUAGUGGGGCACGUUCCUCCCAUUCUUGUCCAGCCUCAGACCCUACUCACAUACUGCUGAGAACCCAGUCUCCAGGAAGCCAAGGCCCAGCUCCAGGUCACUUAGCCACUGAACUCUGGAAACUGGCCUGGGUUUUGAACUACACGGAGGACAGAGUUCUCAAAGCCUAGUUUUAUAGAUUCUGAGACCCGUUGUAAGGGUCUGGGACAUUACAAAUCUGUCUCUUGAGACAUUGCAUCUCAACCUGAAUCCCUCACCACCUGCCUGGUGCCUUUUUUCCCAGCAUGGCGGUUCCUGCCUCGCCCUAGCCCACCUCCUCCCAGGCCUCAGAUAUAGGGCUCCAUGGCACAAGAUACCACCACCUUAUUUGGCAGUCAGCACUGGCCUGUGCUGGGAGUCUUGGGGACACUCGUACUGUGCAUUCUUUCCUUUUGCUCUCAGGGAACACUGGGCCUCAGAUUCUUCUGUUUUGUUGUGAUCCUUCUACAGACUAGACGAUGCUGGAUGGGUCCUUCUACAGGCUAGACCAUGCUGGGUGGGUCCUUCUACAGGCUAGACCAUGCUGGGUGGGUCCUUCUACAGGCUAGACCAUGCUGAGUGAUGAGAGGUCUGAAUAAAGGCUGGUGUGGAGCCCA